AUUUACACUAAACCCCCUCCUAAAUUUUUUAUUUUCCUUAUCCUCCGCCGCGGAACCGCCUCCCAUGGCUGCCGGAAUCUCCAUGGCGACCACCUCCAGAACCAUAGUCCAUUCCAGACACAGCCCGUUUCUCGGCCCGAAACCCACCUCACUAUUCACACCCACUUCAAAACUCCCCCACUCCCUUCAGAAAUUCCACGCGGUUUUGAGGUUUAAAAGGAGGAAAUCGAAUUUGACGGUGUGUUUCGUGCUGGAGGAAGAGAAAUUGGCGGACUGGAGAAUUCAGGAUUCGGGGGAAGGGAGUGGAGACGAUGAGGGUUCCGGAAGUGAAAUCUCCGCCGCCGCGGCGGGCCUGGCGGAGAAAGUGGCGAGGAAGAGAUCGGAGAGAUUUACAUACUUGGUGGCGGCUGUUAUGUCGACUCUCGGGAUUACUUCCAUGGCUGUAAUGGCUGUUUAUUAUAGAUUUGCUUGGCAAAUGGAGGGCGGAGAGGUGCCGUUUGUAGAAAUGUUCGGUACAUUCGCUCUAUCUGUUGGGGCUGCCGUGGGAAUGGAGUUCUGGGCUCGAUGGGCGCAUAAAGCUCUAUGGCACGCUUCGUUAUGGCAUAUGCACGAGUCACACCAUAAGCCAAGGGAAGGCCCUUUCGAACUAAACGAUGUUUUUGCGAUAAUUAAUGCUGGUCCCGCCAUAGCUCUACUCUCCUAUGGUUUCUUCCACAAAGGCCUCGUUCCUGGUCUCUGUUUCGGCGCCGGUCUCGGAAUUACAGUGUUUGGCAUGGCUUACAUGUUCGUCCACGACGGACUAGUCCACCGGAGAUUCCCGGUGGGGCCCGUUGCAGACGUACCGUAUUUUAGAAGGGUAGCUUCAGCUCAUCAGCUUCAUCACUCGGAGAAGUUCGAUGGAGUCCCGUACGGGCUUUUUCUCGGGCCAAAGGAACUGGAAGAAGUGGGAGGGCUGGAAGAGUUGGAGAAAGAAAUAAACAGAAGGAUAAAAUUGUCCAAGAAAUUGUGAUCAUCUUUUUGAGAGACGUGUUUUGAAUUUGCUCUCUCCUUAAUGGAGAAGUCGUUAGUGGAUAUUAUUAGAAUGAAUGAAUUGAUUUUUUUGACUAGAGUUGUCAUGCUUUUGGUCUAAACAAAGAUAUAUAUAUACAUAUUGUAUGUAUGGUGUCAAUCUACACAAUGGAAAAGAAAAGGAAAAUCCUAUUUUUGACUAUU